AUGCCGACUAUCAAUCGCGCGGAACUGGAUAUUUCAACGGCCCUAUCUUACUCGUUUCGAUAUAGCGAAACUACCUCCGUCACAUCUUCAAUUUAUAGGGGACUUGUUGAAAAUGGACGACGAUAUCAAACGAUGAGAGAAAACCAAUACUGGAGCCCUGCCGACGAGUUACAAUUUGAGAGCCUAGAAGCUGGUCACGCCGUUGCCAUCGUUCUGGAUGCAGAUAGGCCUAACCCGUUAUUUCGGGCACCCAUAAGUCAGAAUGCAAAGAAUAUCCUGGAUAUUGGAACUGGGAAUGCCAAUGUCCGAGGGGUAGAUCUGUUUCCACCUCCUGUAUCAUGGAUGCCCCAGAACUGCACCUUGGAGGUCGAUGACGUGCUACGUGAUUGGACGUGGACUGAACCCUUUAGCUUCAUUCACAUGCGUAUCAUGCUUGGGUCAUUUACCCCCGAGCAAUGGGAUAGUAUUUACCAAAAGUGUUACGAAAAUCUUGAACCCGGUGGGUGGAUUGAACAGCUAGAGUUGGAUGCGCAUAUCGAGUCCGAUGAUAACAGCAUUCCCGAGGACAGUAUGGCGGCGACAUGGGGAGAAACCACCUUUGGUUGUGCGGAGCGCUCUGGUCGUCGGAUCGACACUCUGAACACCAUGCGCGCCUCUAUUGAGAAAGCUGGCUUCGUUGAAGUCCAUGAAAAGGGCUACAAGUGGCCCAUUGGACCAUGGGCCAGGGAUGCAGGUCUCAAAGAGGCGGGUAGGUUGAAUUACCAUAUGUGGACAUCCGGGCUGGAGGGCUGGGGUAUGUGGCUUCUCACCAAGUUUGGUGCCCCUCGCCCAUGGCCCCGAGAACAGGUUGUUGCGUACGUUAGCAAGAUUCGGACGGAACUGAGAAGCGGGCAAGUGCAUAGCUACCAGCGAGCACGAAGGGUCUGGGCUAGGAAACCCGGCGGUAAUGCGGACAUGAAGAUUGAAAACGAGCAAUGA